CUUGUUAGCUAGCUUUCUGACAAACUUCACCAAAACCGUAAUUGACUUGGGUCAGAAUGAUCGAGAGCUGAACCUUGUUUCCCUGUAACAAAAAUGAUUUCUCCUUCGUCCUCUGUUAUCUGAUCCCUGAUUCUACGAUGUUGGCGCCAUUGCGAUCGCGAGUACUCUCGGGUGCACCCUCACCUCCGUGCCCUAUCCAUCCCCCAUGGAGGCAGCUAGGGUUUCUCUUGCGCCUAGCGUCCACCUCCACCUCCUCCUCCUCCUCGGCCAAAGAGAAGCAAGGGAUCCUCGAUCUUGCGGAGGUCGAGAAGGUGCUGAGCGACGUCAAGGCCGACGACGUCCGAGUCAUCCCUGUCCGGGACCAGUGCGACUGGACUGACUACAUGGUCAUCGCCACCGGCCGCUCCACCUGGCACGUCAGGAACAUCGCGCAGGCCUUAAUCCACAAGGCAGUUGUUGAUGAACAGGUAAAACAAAAGCAAAAGGGAGCUGAGCGAAUGCUGCUUCCAAGUGUAGAAGGCCAUGGAGGAGGAAAGUGGGUUGUCAUUGAUUCUGGCACUGUGAUAGUUCAUGCACUUGAUGAGAAGGCAAGAGCAUACUACAAUUUGGAAAGCCUUUGGACAGCAGAGAUUUCUCCCAAGGGACCCAACCAGGAUCUGGAGAAAGCCAUAGUGAAAACUCGACGUAGGAACAACUCAAAGAAACCAAUGAAGAGUGUUCAGUGAUCUAAUCUAUUUCAAUGAACCAGUUGUCCAUUUGAAGAUGCCAUAAUUCCAUCAUCCUCAUAAACAUCUCUGAUUGGAAGUGUAUUUAGUCACUCUUUUGCAAUUGUUGCACUUUGUUAAUGAAUAUCUAGCAGUUUCUUGUCUGAAUAGCAUUGGAACUAUAUUUUGGUGGACAA